AUGAGGCCAGUUAUGUUGCCCACUGGCGGAAACCAUACAGAACCACAAUUUGUGAACGACUUCACUGGGAGGCUGCCGAGGUAUGACCCCAGGACCAAACGAGUACUAUCAGUGUUGAUGAAAGGACUUGGAGCAGCCACUGGCGUCUCAAUUAGUCCCCACAGAAACUUUUUGCUUGUUUCGGAGUAUCACAUGAAGAGAGUUCAUAGAUUUUGGCUAAGAGGUUCUGCAGCUAAUACCUCACAAGUCUUCUUGAACCUUCCAAGAAAUCCAUACAAAAUUAGGAGGACUUCUUCUGGAGCUUUCUGGGUGGCAAUGGCUUCCAGGAGUCCAAACCCGACGCCACUGGUGAUUACUCCUUUGGCUCAAAAGUUGGAUAUAAAUGGCGUAGUUCUAGCCGAGUUGGAUCUUGACAAGCAAUACCAUAACAAGACGAUGACUGGCGUUGUGGAGCACAAUGAGGCAUUGUACCCUACGUCUGGUUUUGUUAGCAUCCUUGGUGUCUACACAAAAUCGAAAAGCCCUAAGCUUGCAAUGCGGACUGCUACCCAAGCAAUUGCUACUAAUUAA